AUGGCUGGCAUCAGUGGAGGAGGAGGAGGAGGCGAUCAUCUCCGAAAGAAGGCCACGGGGGUCCGAACAUGGCUACAACUGGACUCAACCGGCGAAUCAAAUAUAGUGGAAGCAGGGAAGCACGGUGUUAUGCGGAGGACUGGCCUGUCUGGCCUUGAUCUUCGGAUAUUGGAUCCUUUCCUCUCGUAUCCGUCCACUUUGAUAGGGCGGGAACGGGCCAUCAUCGUCCAUUUGGAGCACAUCAAAGCCAUAGUUACGGCACAUGAAGUCCUCCUGCUCAACUCCAGAGAGCCCUCCGUCGUGCCCUUCGUGGAAGAGCUCCGACACAGAAUCAUGCAGCACCACCAGGCUACCGAAGCACUGUCACGGGAAGAAGAGUCGCUAUUGACGAGGGGACAAAAUGGAGAAAAUACUGGACCACCCCUGCUUCUUCCUUUUGAGUUUGUAGUAUUAGAAGCCUGCCUGGACGCUGCUUGCGGUUAUUUGGACGAAGAGGCAACGGCUUUGGAGGAGGAAGCUUAUCCAGCAUUGGAUGAAGUGACUUCAAAAAUUAACACCCUCAAUUUGGAGCGGGUGCACAGGAUCAAAAACCGGUUAGCCCAAUUAUUCCAACGUGUUCAAAAGGUGCGAGAUGAGUUAGAGCGAUUGCUGAAUAACGACGAAUAUAUGGCUAAGAUGUAUCUGACAAACAAGCAUGCAGUUGAGAGGCAGCUUAGGAAUUCUUCCCUAUCCUCCAUAAAACAUGAAAUUGUGCAGAGAGUCCUGGAUGAAAGGGUUUCUGGUGAAACCUUAGUGCAAGACAGAGGGAAUUCCAGCCGUUUCAGCGUUGAUUUUCACCCUGCCGAACAGCACCACCAGCAACGGGCAAUCCGCACAGCCAGUUCUCUCAGCAGAGGAAGCCAAUUUGCAAUCCAUACUAGCAGUAGAAGAUACAUGAUAGGCAAAAGCAAGCAUCUCGGUGUGAAGGAUGUGGAAAUAAUCGUGGAAGCCUACUUUGUUCGGGUGGAUGCAACAUUAUCUGGCCUAUCAACUCUAAGGGAGUACGUAGAUGACACGGAAGACUACAUCAAUAUCAUGCUGGAUGACACACGGAACAGAAUGAUGCAAAAGGCGGUGUUGUUCAUGACAGCAGGCGUUGUGCUCAUGGCUUUUACCACUGUGACAGGAGUUUUUAGUAUGAAUAUCCACGACUUUAGUCUCUUCCAAAAGACUGAUCCUCCCAAUUACUAUUUCAUCUUAUUCUGCGGCGGCGGAACAGCUUGCAGCAUCGUCCUAUAUUUGAUUGCAAUUUCCUGGUAUAAGCACUUGGGAUUAAUGUGA